AUGCUGGGAUGGCAAUUUUCUAAUGUCAUUAUAUUUUCAGAUGAAAGGAAAGAAACAUUGCUGAGCUGCGAUUCAAAAUUGUCGUCUGAUUUCGAGAAAUUGUUCGAGAAUUGCCAACUUUCGGACGUCACCUUGAAGCUUGGUGAUCAGGAAUUCCGAGCCCACAAUUCUGUGCUCAGUGCUCGAUCGAAGGUGUUCGCAGCGAUGUUCGAGCACGACAUGAAGGAAAACCGACAAGACAUGGUGGACCUCGUGCAAAUGGAGGCGGACACGGCCCGAGACAUGCUGCGCUUCAUCUACUGCGGAAAAGUGCGCGAAUUGACUCCUUCCGAAGCCCUCAAUGUCUAUGUAGCAGCCGAUCGUCAUGAUCUGGAAGAGCUAAGAAUCGUCUGCCGGGACAUCGUUCUAAAGGGCAUUUCCAUGGCUAACGUUUGCGAUGUUGCUGCGAUUGCCGACAUCCACAACGAUGAACUACUGAUUGGAGAACUGAAAUCUUUCAUAUCAAAGAAUGGAAAAGACAUUGUAAACACUGAGAAGUGGAAAACCGUAUGCACUAAUAACCCAGCUUUGGGUGCAAAAAUGUUUGAAUGGCUCUUUCGGCCUUGA